GAAGAUCAUCGUUACGAUAAACUUAUAAAAAAUCAUUUCGGGCUUGUCUCGGGCGCUCGAAGAGUUCACACACUCUUACCUUCCUCCAUCAUGGAUCCUUCAAGAUUGAGACGGAAGUUCGAGCGCUUCCGAAUCCUCAUUAUAGGAAGAGCGAAUGCAGGGAAGACCACCAUUCUCCAGAGGGUUUGCCAGACAAAAGACAACCCAGAAAUAUAUGACAGUGCCGGGAAACAGGUACGCAGCCUGAGUACUAUGAUCCCAGAUAGUGAUGAAUCUUAAUUGAUUGGACGAGAUCAGAUCGAUGCCUCCGUUUUGGCGGCAUCCAGAGAGGUAAGGCGCGCUCGUAGUGGUUAGCAACGUCCUGUGAUGAGUCCUCAGCGUGGAUUGCACAAUAUCGAAAAUGAAAUGGUGUUUCUAACCAACCCGGGAUUCGUUUUUCACGAUUCACGCGGGUUUGAGGCAGGAGGACAAUCUGAAUUCGACAAGGUGAAGGCUUUUAUCGCAAGCCGUUCUAAGGAACUAGCUUUAAACAAUCGAAUCCAUGUCAUAUGGUACUGCAUUCCAAUGGAUGAGGAUAGCAGGUCUUUCACAGAAGCGGAAGUCAAGUUUUUCUCUCAGUGUGACACUGGAAGCAUUCCAGUAAUUGUGUUGUUUACUAAAUUCGACGCCCUCUACGACGAUAUACAUGCAGAGCUAAUGAGCAAGGGAGUAUCAAGGAAAGAUGCUGACGGACUGGCCCCGCAGCACGCCAGAGAGUCAUUUGCCAACGGGCCACAACUAAAGCUUUUGUACAGCAGCAAGGGCGGCCAGCGUCCUCCAAAAUGUCAUAUAUGUCUUCCUGAUAUGGAUAAGGAUGAUGCAGACUGCACGCCGCUCAUUGAACACACGGCUGAAACUUUGGACAAUGAUAUGCUCAAACAGUUGUUUGUCUCCACUCAGCGGACCAACUUGGAGGUGUGCAUCAGAACCGCAGUAAAAAGGACACUUGUGCAGCAAGCAGUCUCAGCUCGCAUAUUUGGGAAAUUUCAGGAUAGUAAGAUUGUAGAUGAAUUGGGUGACUGGUUUCCACAGACUUAUGUGAUUUGUGAGUGAACUGAUCCUAUGUCGAGCUCGAGCCUCGCUGACCCAA